UUAGUUACUGUUCGGUCUAACCGUACAUCAUUCGACAUCAGAUGUAAGGAUCCAUCUUGCCCCUGGUAUCUACGUGCUUCGGUAUUCAAAAAAAGUGACAUUUGGAUAGUUCGUAAAUUCACAGAUACACAUCUGUGUUCUGUUGACGUCGUGAAGAAUGACCACAAACAAGCAACAUCCUGGAUUGUAUCUGAGUGUACGAAAUUAAUAUUUAAAACGAAUGACAAGGCUCCAUGUCGUCCUUCGGAUGUUAUAUAUUAUAUGAAGAUUCACCACGGUGUGAACAUAAGUUAUGGUAAAGCUUGGAGAGGACGUGAAAUUGCUUUGAAUUCCAUUAGGGGUACUCCGGAGGACUCAUAUGCCAUGUUGUCUGCCUUUUCGGAUGCACUGAUCCGAAACAACCCAGGUACAUAUACGGCUGAAGAAGCAGAUGAUGAAGGUCGGUUUAAAUUCUAUUUCAUGGCACUAGCUGCUUCAAUUGAUGCAUGGAACUACUGCGUACCAGUUAUUUCUGUUGAUGGUGCAGCUAUGAAGAACAAAUAUCUUGGUACCCUCAUAUCUGCUUGUACUAUUGAUGGGAACUCUCAAAUUGUGCCACUAGCUUUUGCUGUCGUUGAUUCAGAGAAUGAUUUGUCAUGGUCAUGGUUUUUUCGAAACCUUAAAGCCGUUUUUGGGGAACAUAAUGAGAUGGUAAUUGUUUCUGAUGCUCACAAAAGUAUAGAAAAUGGGUUUAAUGCCGUUUAUGAAAUAGCUGAACAUGGAUUAUGUGCAUUCUAUUUGUUGAAGAACUUGAAAAAGAACCAUAAAUCACUUCCCAUGGAGGACUCAUUCAAUAAAUGUGCCAGAGCGUAUACACCACUGGAAUUUGAGUACUACAUGAGGCAACUCGAACAACUAUCUCCAUCAAUGAGGCAUGAGUUGGAAGCAGUGGGAAGACAUAAGUGGGCCAGGGCAUUUUUUAGGAGAAAAAGAUACCAGGUUAUUAUAACCAACAUCUCUGAAAGUAUGAACUCUACCUUGAAAGAACAACGAGAAUUGCCUGUAAUUGGACUUCUAGAAUCUAUCCGUAGUUUGAUUCAAAAAUGGUUCUAUGAACGUCGUACCAAAUGGAGUUUCCAACGCACACAACUUUCAAUAUAUGCAGAAGAUAUGAUUCGAGAAUCCUUGGCGCAGAGCCGCUCAAUGAAUAUAUAUUCUGUAGACCAACAUGAAUUUGAAGUCCACCAUCGUAAGGAACAAUUUGUCGUCAACAUUUUAAAUCGGACAUGUUCAUGUCGUCAAUGGGACCUUGAUUUGAUCCCUUGUUCACAUGCAUGUAUAGCAUUGUCCACAAGGAAUCUUAAUCUCCAUUUAUACACCGAUAAGUUCUACUAUGUCUCAAAUUUGAUAAACCUAUACAAGAAGGGGACGCGUCCUAUUGGUACUGUAAACCAAAUUAGGAAUAUCCACCAAGGUGGCAAUGAUGGAAUACUUCCACCGCAGGUUAAACGUCCAGCUGGAAGACCCAAAAAGAAGAGGUUUACUUCAUUCUUAGAGAAGAAAGCCUCUGUUCGUUGUAGCAGGUGUGGUAAAAAAGGUCACAAUUGCAGGUCUUGUAAAGAACCCAUUUAGUAAUAGCGAUGUUUAAGAAGUAAAAGGGAUAAUUAGUUUAUAUUCAUAGU